GACCUCAGAGAAGUGCAAUGUCGUCCCUACGAGUUGCAGGGGAACAAGAAGAGAAUCACUGUCGCAGCUGCUUCUAAGACACUGGCAAACCUCAUAUAUCAAUAUAAAGGCAUGGGUCUCGGCAUGGUCACAAUGAAAUUUGCCGCUGUUGGAACUAUGUGUGCAGAUGUGACGCCUAAAGAGGGUCCGGCUUUGUAUUACAUCCACAGUGCUGGAACCCGACUAUCUGGCAACUUGUUCUGCGUAGGUUCUGGUCAGACAUUCGCUUGUGGUGUGCUUGAUGCCAAGUACAGAUACGAUACGAAUGAGGAGGAAGCUCUCGACCCCAGGAGACAAAGUGUUCUUGCGGCUACACAUCGAGAUUCCUUUUCUGGCGGCUCUAUCGUUAUUUAUCAUGUCAAGGAGAGCGGACGGGUCAAACUCGAGUAUUUCGAUACGGACUCGAUGUUCUGGAGGACAAAGCUUGAGAAGAGGAUGUUUUUAGAUGUCGCCGCCGACUUGGAGUAG